UCGGCUCGGGAUCGGCUGGGAUCCUCCGGGAACCGCGCCGGUCCGAUCCCUCCGGGCACGGAUCCGCCGGGAGCCGCGCCGGCUCUCAUCCCUCCGGGCACGGAUCCGGCUCCGGUUCGGUCCCUCUGGGCGCCGCUCCUGCUCCGGCUCCUCCGGGCGCUCUCGGUGUCUCGCUGCGGUUUCUCCCGGGCACGGCUCCCGCUCCCGGCUGGCUGCCCCGGCCAUGGGGGCGGCGGGCGCUCCUCCGCCCUGAGCAGCGGCCGGACCAGCGAUGUUGCGGGGCCAGGUCAGCUUUGAGGAAGAGAGCCAGAAUCCACCUGCUGUGGGACACUGGAAGCCCCUGAUGCCAUCCAAAGGCGACAAGGAGGAGCCAGAGGGUGGAUGCCAGGAUGCUGGAGGUGUGCAUGAGCCCCAGUCCACGGAGCAGCUCAACGUGUCCCGGCUGCGCAGCUCCUCAGUGGAGAUCCGGGAAAAGGGCUCUGAGUUCCUGAGGGAUGAGCUGCACAAAGCACAGAAGGAGCUGAAGCUCAAGGACAAAGAAUGUGAGAGAUUGUCAAAAGUCAGGGAACAGCUGGAGCAGGAGCUGGAGGAGUUAACAGCCAGCCUGUUUGAGGAAGCCCACAAGAUGGUGAGAGAAGCCAACACCAAACAGGCUGCAGCAGAGAAACAGCUCAGGGAGGCCCGGGGCAAGAUUGACAUGCUGCAGGCAGAGGUGACAGCCCUGAAGACGCUGGUGAUCACGUCCACCCCGUCCUCCCCGAACCGGGAGCUGCACCCGCAGCUGCAGAGCCCUUCCAAAGCUGGCUUCAGGAAGGGCCACGGGCGGAACAAGAGCACCAGCAGUGCCAUGGUGUCAGCUGCCAGCCAGAACGUGGCUCCAGAGCCUGCCAGCCGGGAAUGCAAAGAGUCUGGUUUCCCUGCUCUCCUCUCCCUGCUCCUUUGCAUCCUCCCUGGGAAGGCUAUCCACAUCACCUAUGAGCCAGGCUGGCAGGCCUUGGGAGCAGAUGCUUCCUCCUCCUCCUCCUCACGGCAGGUCGACUCCAUUUUAUUUGCUGAGUUCCAAGCCUGGAAGGAAUCUCCAACUUUGGACAAAUCCUGCUCCUUCCUGGACAGAAUUUACCGGGAAGAUGUAGGACCUUGUCUGGACUUCACCAAGCAGGAGCUGUCGGAGCUGGUGCGAGUGGCUGUGGAGCAGAACACCCUCACCAUCGAGCCAGUGGCUUCCCAGACUCUCCCUGUGGGCAAGGUGGCAGCAGAGGAGUGUGGUGGCCCCAAUGGCUUCCGGUCACAAAUCAUAACGAAAUGUGCUCUGAGCGGGCUCCCCAGGACCUGCAAGCACCGGAUCAUGCUGGGGGACUCUGGGAAUUAUUACUACAUUUCCCCUUCCUGCAGGGCCAGGAUCACAGCAGUGUGCAACUUCUUCACCUACAUCCGCUACAUCCAGCAAGGCCUGGUGAGGCAGGAUGUGGAGCUGAUGUUCUGGGAGGUCAUGCGGCUCCGCAGGGAGAUGUCUCUGGCCAAACUUGGAUUUUAUCCCAGCGAGAUGUGAGCAGAACCCUGAGCGUGGAAGGAAACUGCUCCUGGAGGAAGGGCUUGGAGUGCAGUGCCUGUCCUGCUCCCUCCCACCUUCCCUCUGCCUGGAGCAAGGAGCAAGAGGCACAAGUUCCACCUUCAGCUGUCCCACUCGCCCAAGUGUGACUGGAAUGCAGCUGCCACGCUGCCCCUGGAGCUGGGCUGGCCCUGGCUGCUCCAGGAUGGCCAUCCGUGGACUCUGGAGUCUCUUAUAUGCAGUGUAUAUCCAUUUUUUUUAAACCUUUUUUUUUAUAUGCAGCCUGCUUUGGCAUAACCCGAGGCCAGGCCUGUGCAGGGUGGGAAUUCUGGACCUUCCUUGUGAGCCAGUCUGUCAGGACAGAUGCUGGCUGUCUGUUCCACUCGUUUUUCUGGGAUGGAGGGUGCUGUCCUCGAGGUCCUGCUGACCACAGCAGCCCUGAAAAUGCCAGCAGAGCACAGUAAUCUUGAACAGUUUGUUUCCAAGUACUUCCUUGUUCCUUUUCAAGGAGCCUGCAAGAGAAGCUUGUUGCCAGCGGGGUCACAAAGAGGGAUUUGUUCCUGUUUUUAGCUGGGUGUUUGGCUCUGGGUUAUGCAGGCUGGGGAAUGGCUGGAGCUGUGCACCUGGGGCCUCCAGCAGAAGAAAGGGAGCAGGGAAAUUUCCUAACUCCCAGCUGGCUGCAGGAUUUUUCCCCCUGGACUAGGGAAUCUGCUGCAGGUGUCAGAGGCAGAUGCAGGACCCUGUGACAGUCCCUGGUGUGAAGUCCCCCAUGACGCUCCUAAACACAAACCUCACCCACAAACAAGCCUUGGAGCUGUUCCUGCUCUUGAGGGAGCUUUGGGCAGUCCUGUUCCACUCUUCAGGCAGAGCCCAUGUUCCCAGGCUGGGUUCUUUGUGUCUCCUGGGCAGUCCUAAAGCCCAGAGAUUCCUUCCCAGUAUUACAUCAGACCUGGAGAUGCCUGUCCACUGGGAAUCGCAACUUUUCCAGGGCUGCUACUCCCUGGUGAGGGAAUGAGACCUUUGUGUGCACGUGGGGAAUGUGGCUGAGGUUCCUGCCUGCCCCAAAAUGUGCUGGGAGGGAGGGAUGUCACUGGAGCUGUAGGAAUGCACAGGCCAGACACGUCCUGAGCUCAGACCCAGGUUUAUUAAAGCCAUUACAGUAUUUUGUAGCUAUUAGCCUUUUUUUCAGUGAGUCUGGAAUCAGCUCAGCCAUCACUCACUCUGGGGUUUUCACGGCUGACAGGGUUGUCACCCUGUCCCUCUGCCACCCUCAGCAAGCUGGUGCCCAUCCUCAGCUCUAUAAUUCUGUCCUCUCCUGAAGGAUAUUACAGCAGGAACUCAAUUUGCUUCCACUGAGCUGCUGGAGAGCAAUAACACAGCUUUGGUUUCCCCAGCUGUGGAUUUCAGCUCAGGUGAAUUCCACCCCUGGAACUCCUCCCUGCAUCUCUUCCCCCUGUCCUUUUGAUAUCUCCAUGUCUUCCUGUGCUGUGAGCUGCUCCACUGCACAAACCUUGCAGCACUGGGAAUGAGAUGAUCUCUCUGGGUAGGAGAUGAUUUGGUUUGUGGGAUAUUUUUCCCCCUCAGUGUCACAUCAAAAAGCCGUUUGAGACAGCAGGAACUGGAGCAAUGCCGUGUCUGGUGUUGUCUUGCAUUUCCAACGAAGCAGAGAGCACAAUUUGUGAAAUUUGGAAAGGAAAAUGAAGUCACUCCAUUAGCAGCGGGAUGGUUACACCCUGCUCUUUAUAAAGGAAAAUAAACAUUUGCUAUUAACCUCUA